UCAAUGUGAAGCUUUGUUAAAAGACUUAAAACAAUAUAUGAAAUUAACAGGACAAGGAUUAAUAACUACAAUUCGAACAAGUGCAAAUGAAGCAGUAAAUCGUAUUAAAUUAAAUUAUACAGAUAAAAAAACUGAUUACCCCAAAUCUUUUUCUGCUAGACAUGCUCUUGCAGUUCUUCAUAAUAAUGAUGGACUUUUAACUUUGUUAGAAACAGUUCGAAAAGUAGCUAAAUUACCUGAAUUUUCUGAACAAGAUAUAAUUAAUAUUAUAAAAAUAUGGAAAAACAGAAAUAAUAAAUGUCAAUUAAAUAUUCGAGUAAAUGAUGAAAUGUUAAAACAAAAAUUUUAUCCUACUUUUGCAUCAUUAAUUCAAGAUUUUGAUAUUUUUGUUAAAUGCAAUGGGUGCUUAUCUUUUCCAAUAAAAUAUCCUGUCGGUUUAUGUUCUAUUUGUAGAUUUUGGGCAAAAUAUAAUAUGAAUAUUUAUAUACCAAUUCAAACUGAUAGUAAUAUAUCCUUGGCCAAAUCUUCAGAUACAGAUAUCUUAGAGGCAAUACUUAAAAAUAUUUUUAAUUUGUUAGAAUAUCAAGAAUAUCAAAAAGAAAGUAUUGAAUCUUUUAUUAAUAGAUAUAAUACACUUACGAUUUUAAAAACUGGAGAUGGAAAAACAUUAAUAUAUGCUAUUGCAUCUCUUUUAUUCAAAGGAUUAACUGUUGUUUUUAUACCACUAAAGUCUUUAAUGGAUGAUCAACUGGCAACCUUUUAUGCUUCGUCUAAACAACCUCCUGAAUUACAAGAAAGAAUUUUUAGAGAAUUAGCUUCAGGAUUAACAAAAGUAUUAUUAAUUACACCUGAGAAAUAUAUAAUGAAUAUGAAAUUUAGAAACAUAUUAAAAAAAAUUAAUUCUUUAAGAGAAUUACAAUUUGUUAUUGACGAAGCUCACUGCAUCAAAGAAUAUGAAUAUUUUAGGCCUGAUCAUAAACUUGAAAUAAUUUCAAAACCACAUGAAAAAGAAAAACUAAUACAAGCUAUUAUUUCAGUUAUUGACUCCAUAACAAAUGGUCGAAUAAUUAUUUAUUCAGCAUCUAUUUCUGAUUGUAUUACAGUUGGUCAAUCACUUAUUAAACAUUAUGGGUCUCAGAAUAUAGGAAUAUAUCAUAGUAGUAUGAAAAGUGCAGAUCGUGAUAUAACUUUAAAAUUAUGGAAAGAUGGCGAAAUUAGAUUUAUGUCUACAACAAAUACUUUUGGAAUAGGAAUUAAUAUACCAGAUAUAAGAGCUAUAAUACAUACUACUUUUCUAAUGUCUCUUGAUAGCUUUAUUCAAGAAAUAGACUCUGAUCUUCGUACAUUAACACUGAUUCUCUAUAGUGGGCGUGAAAGUAUACAAGAAAAUAUUGAAAUAUCUCAAGAAUUUGAUAAAUUAUCCAGUUUGACGGAAAUAGUAGCUCCCACAAAUCAUAAAAAGUAUUUAAAAGAAAAAAGAAAACAAUUAUUAGAAAUGGUACAUUAUUGUGAGAACAAACUUGAAUGUAAACAACAACUAGCAUACCGAAUUUUUACAUGGCCUAGAGAUCCUGAUAUUCCAGAGUGUCAUAACUGUGAUAAUUGUUGUCAACAUAAAGCUAUUUCUACUGAAUGGCAGAAUGUUAGCAAUAAGGUAAAUUGGAUAGUUAGAAUCAUAAAUCAAUUAAUAAAAAGAGUUACUAGCCAAGAUCCUAAGUUAUUACGAAUCUCAAGAGAUGAUAUUGCUGAUUGUUUUAUGAGUUCAAAAGGAAAAAAUGCAGUUAGUAAAGAUCUAAGUUCUAUAGAAGGUUAUGGAGUCUCAUCUGAAAGUUGUUCAAUUUUCAACAAAGAUUGCUUAUAUUUGAUUGAUUCAUUGAUUUUAGCAGAGAUUAUUACCGAAGAAGUUGAUAUCAAGUAUUCUAAAGAAGCAAAAUCAUUAUUAUAUUCAUCUAGUUUAGUAGAUUUAAAGGAGAAUGCAUUAAAUUUUUUAUCUACUUUAGAAUGA